GUGAUUGUGUCUUUUCUCUUGGCGACUAGUCCAGUCCUCCGCAUCCGCACCUGUCCAGGGGAAAGGCGUGGCCCUAUGACGCAGGAAGAAGAGAGUUUUACGAAGGCAAGCGAAAGGCUUAUGUUCCUUCAUGACCAUGGUCUUUUAAUUCUGGUCGCCUUGGACAGUCUGAGCGAUCAGGAGAGCUUGCAAGACAUAGACUUCGAAGUCUACGAACUUCGAGGUCGAGCAUGUAUUGCUGACGCUUGCGCAAUACCAGGCGCAAGAUCGCUUGAGGAUCCCUUCUCGAUUCUGCGAGGGGGGUGUGACAGCGUUGCUGUGGUUGCGCUUGGCUCGCAGCCAUUUCUAUCUUUGCAUCAAAGACCGGUCUCCAGCGCAUCAGGCUCCAACCGCUCCUUGAUGGCAACUGCACUUGCACUCGGAAGCUAUGCGAGGUUGUGGGUUCUUCGAAAGCCAUCGGACUCUGUAGACUGUGGAGGACCUGUGAAGAUCGCAGGUUUCGCGCAGACAAACGAGCUGCAGGUAUCCAACCAAAUCCCAGCAACAGAGUUGCCAGUGGUUGCAAAAUUCAUCGAUUCUGCGCGGCAAGGCGAGAUCUUAUCACUUGCUCCUGCAGACUGCGGACCAAGUGCUAUGGUUCUUGCAGUUUCUUGUGACACUUUUGGACGCGUAGCUUUGUUUUGCAUGGAGACCCUUCGAUGUCUUCAUUUGUGGAAAGGCUAUCGCGAUGCACAAGUGGCUUGGCUCGGCCAUCACAAGUUUGCUGGUGAUGAGUGGGACUCCACAGAUGAUAUGCCUGGGCUGGUAAUCUAUGCGCCCCGACGCGGUCUGUUGGAGUUGUGGCAGCUUUGCUCGAAAGGCUGCACUCCCAAACGUAUUGCAGCUAGCUGUGUUGGGUCUGAGUGCUUGCUGCUUUCAGAAGCCGGGCGAGCGUGCUUGCUGUGGCCAACUGGACAAGUUGACCGCCUGGUUUGGCCAUUGGGCGCUUCGACCUCGCCUACAAGCCGAGAUGACGAUGCAUUUGAUUCUGCUGACAGCGAUGUGGGAGAACCCAGCGAAGUGGAUCCAGCCAAUCAAGCCGCAACUCGCUCCUGCAUCGCUGGGAAAAAACAUUGAGUUAAAUCGCACCAUGCAGCAGAAGGAGAUUUCAGAGAAGGUGCUGCGCAACACAAACCACGAGAAGAAACAAUUGCAGGA